AUGCUCACUUAUGUGAAUGAAAAUCCAAAAUUCGCUGAAACUUUAAAGUAGCUAGUCGAAUGUGGAAAAGAUAGAACAAUUAGAUGGCCAGAAAUAGCUAAAGUCUUGGAGAAUAUGUUUAGUAUCACCAUUUCAAAGCCUUGUUUACUCAAACCAGCUUAUCAAUCUAUUAUCAGUCCUAAUGUGGAAUUAGAUAAGCAAUAACAUCGAUUAUUGGUUAUAACUGUAAUCAAACAUUCAGCUUUAAUUAAAUAGGCCUUGCCUGACUUUCAAAAAACAUCAGGAAUAUAGUAAAGUGUUAUUAUAUCUUCAGAAUUUAAUCAAAAAAGUUCUAAAGUAGAAUGUAUCGUUCCUUUAAAACAGCCAUAGAAACAGGAAUCUAAGUUUUCGUGUAGAAGAAGUCAGAAUAUAGAAAGAGAUUAGUUAGAGUGCCUGGCUCAGCUAUUUCUCGUGUGUUGUAAUGCAAAAUACUUCCAUCAGAUGAUCCCUUCACAAAUAAAUUAAAGUUUAUGUCAGAACAACUGUCUAUUCUACUUAUGAUUAGUAUCGAUUACGAUGGAGAAGACAUAACUGCACUCUAUUCUACAGUGACUUAAAAAAUGACAAAGAAGAACUUUCAUUUAUUAUUGAAUUGCAUAUCCUUCAUGUUCGAUUUAAAAUGUAUUAGUCAAGGUUAGAUAACAAGAGAUGAAUAAUUAAUGCCUGAUUAUUGGUUAUAGCCAACAAUCAAAGAGAACUAGAAAUUAUAUGUUUAUAAUUAUUUCUUUGAGGAUGACAAUUGUUAGAAGUAUUAAAUGUAUUCCGAUGCAGUUGAUGUUUAAUAAGAAAUGGAUUACAAAGUGUUUUUAAAUAUAAAUCCUAUUUCUUAACCAAAAUAGUAAUCAUUCUUGAAAAGGAAUACAAAAUUAAAGACUGUGAGAGGGAGAAUAACCGUAAAUGAUAAGAAGUACCCAAGUGAAAGAACCAUAAUUUUUGCAGAGCCAGAAGAAGAAAGUGAGGAAGAGUUUUAUGAUAUAAAAUUUGGUAGAAAGUAGAAUUGCAUUUGA